UAGAGAUGAAUAAAAUACUCGCCUUAACCAUCGCUUUUGCAAGUUCUGCCAUAGCAUAUGGCAAACCCGUGGAGGACACGGACCCGGAGGCCAGAUGUUACGGCGGCUACGGUGGCGGCGCUUACCCGGUGUACAUACCGGUACCGGUAAACAAUGCAGGCACAGUUAACCCAGCUGCCGCCAACCUACCCCCGGUCACCGGGGUGCAACAACUGCAAGACGGCAGCUUGUUGCUUUUCAACGGCAACACACCAAUUGGCCGAACCCUACCCGGCCGUACCAUUAACACCGCCAACGGUCCCAUAAACCCCGGUGCCGCCCAACCCAUACCCGCCAACGCUAAUAACGUGCCCCAGAUUACUGGCCAACAGGUGCAACCUAACGGUACAACCGUAUUGUAUUCUGGUAACAGACCGGUGGCCACUUUGCCCGCCGGCUCAACCAUUGGCUGUGCGGCCAACGCUACGGCUACGGCUAUGGUGGCGCUUACCCGGUGUACAUACCGGUACCGGUACCUGUCGGUACGGGCACAGCUAACCCAGGUGCAGUUAAUCCAGCUGGCGCCGCCGCCGCACCCAUGGUCAACGGGGCUCAACUACUAA